CUUGGCUUGGCUUUCGCGCGGCUUUUCCAUGGGGUGCGAUGCGCAACUCUAAACCACUCGAGUAGAAAUCAUCAGAAUAUCAUCGGGAGCAUGUGGAUUCGGCCAACAUCGGGGGCUCUGUGCCGUCAAUUGACUUCGAGAAGCUGGCCGAGAGUCCAAGCAACGUGCGCCGUCCCCUGGCUGCGGCAAUCGCGGUCAAGAUGGAUUUCCUCAGGCACACGUCCCCACGAAGUCAGCAUCGAAGGCAAAAACUACAAAACAGAUGAAUGGAUGAACACACCCGCUACCAUUCUAUCAGCCAUUCCUCGCCGCCUACAUACCCAGCCGAACCAUCCCUUGACUAUAACCAGACAGCUCAUCGAAUCUCGUUUCCCCAACUACAAAACACACAACACGCUCUUUCCUAUCGUCUCUACGCUUCAAAAUUUCGAUUCAUUAGGAUUUCCUCAGGAUCAUGUGGGCCGCAGCAGAACCGACACCUACUAUCUCAACAAGGACACAGUGCUUCGGACACAUACGUCGGCGCACCAAGCGGAUGUCUUCCGUGCAAACGAAACCGAGGGCUAUCUAAUCAGUGCUGAUGUGUAUCGCCGCGAUGCCGUUGACAGGACACACUAUCCCAUUUUCCACCAAAUGGAGGGGGCCCGAACGUGGAGCCGACAGGAAUCAGAGAAGGCAGGCAAGAGUCUGGCUGAAGUGAUCUACGACGACGUUGCUAAGAUCCCCAAACACAACAUUGAUGUCGAAGACCCAGACACACCGUUCCAUGCAACCAGAAACCCCAAGCAAGAACCCCAUUCGGUUGAAGAAGUGGCUGCUAUAUCUACACAUCUGAAGCGAUCUCUCGAGGAUGUCGUCGUGACCAUUUUCGAUGCGGCAAGGCAAACCUCUUUGAGUUCGGAUCCCUCUGCACCGUCGGCAGAGACUGCUGAGCCCCUGAAGAUGCGAUGGGUGGAGGCCUAUUUCCCCUUCACCUCGCCGUCGUGGGAGCUCGAGGUCUACUGGCAAGGCGACUGGCUGGAAGUCCUAGGCAGCGGUGUGGUGCAGCAGGCGAUCUUGAACUCAGCCGAUGUGCCUGAUCGACUCGGCUGGGCAUUUGGUCUGGGCCUCGAGCGCAUCGCCAUGCUCCUCUACGGCAUCCCAGACAUUCGUCUGUUCUGGAGCACCGACCCGCGCUUCCUCUCGCAAUUCGAUGCAAACGCACCACUGAAACGCUUCGUUCCUUUCAGCAAGUAUCCCGCCUGCUUCAAGGAUGUCAGUUUCUGGGUACCCGAGACCCCUUCGUCUUCGAGCAGCGCGGCCGGCGGUGCAGGUACAUUGCCAUCUUCGCCAUCAACUACCGUGGCUGCAGCCCCUGCAGGGACGACCCCGGCCCCAUCGUCGUCGUCGCAGUCGUCGACGGCCAACUCGGCCGCUCCUGCGAUAGCCACGGCACCCCUUACAGGUCAGGCGUUCCACGAAAACGACGUGAUGGAGGUCGCGCGCGACGUUUGCGGGGACGUGGUCGAGGAUGUACGGCUGGUGGAUGAAUUCGUGCAUCCCAAGACCCGGCGCAGGAGCAUGUGUUAUCGGGUCAACUACCGCAGCCUGGAACGCACGCUGACCAACGACGAAACAAACGGCCUGCACCAACGGCUCACGCAGCAGCUCGUGGACAAGCUGGGUGUGGAGAUCCGGUAG